AUGGAUCAAGUCUUGCAAACGGUAACAGGCUCCGAGAUGCUAUCUAUGCUAGAUGGAUUUUUGGGAUACAAUCAGAUUGAGGUUAGUGAACCUGAUCAACAUAAGACUGCAUUCACCACUCCAUGGGGUACAUUUGCAUACCGCAGAAUGCCUUUCGGUUUGAUCAAUGCAGGAGCUACUUUCCAACGAGCUAUGGACUUGGCUUUCUGUGGUAUUGUGGGAAGAUUCAUUCCUGACUUUGCGGAGAAGACUCGUCAUAUUGUGAACAUGAUGAAAGGAAAGUCUUCUUUCCAUUGGAAUUCUGAAGGAAGAGCAGCAUUCAAUGAAAUCAAAGAUGCAAUUGCUCAUGCACCCAUGUUGGAGUUUGGCACAAAAAGAGGAAAUUGGAUCGCAAAAAUCCAAGAGUAUGACUUGGAGAUCAAGCCUACAAAGCUUGUUCAAGGAAGAGGACUCUGUCAGCUGAUGGCUGAAAAUAUUCCAGAGGAGCGAGAAUUGGAUGAUUCAGAAGAUCUUCCCAAGGUGCUGUUUGUUAGUACUAUUGAUGAAUGUUUGUACAAAAAAGCCAUUGACGGUACUUUCCUCCGUUGUGUUGACAAAGCGCAACAAACCAAAUUGCUAGAAUCUUUCCAUGACAAGGCUUAUGGUGGACAUUUUUCUACGCCAGUGACCACUCAUAAAAUUUUGAGAGAAAAAUAUUAUUGGCCUACACUCUUUCAAGAUGCUUUCUGGUGGGUACGUAAGUGUGUACAUUGUCAGCAGUUUGUAGGUAAACCAAAGCUUGCAGCAUUACCAUUGAAGCCGGUUAUUGUUGAAGAACCUUUCCGGAAAUGGGGCAUUGAUUUCAUUGGUGUGAUCAAUCCCUCCUCAAGUGCAGGUCAUUCCUAUGUCCUUAUAGCUAUUGACUAUUUCACCAAGUGGGUGGAAGCCAUACCAGUAAAGAACGCUACUUCUGAGGUGGAAUCUAGUAACAUGAAUUUGAUUACUAUUAUUCGCAAGCUUGUGGAGGAAAAUCAAAGGUCCUGGCAUAAGGCUCUUUUUGAUGCUUUAUGGGCGAACAUGAUUACACCCAAAAGGGCUAUUGUGAGGCUGCUGCACACAAGAUUCCAUCUGCCACAAAAGACGGAAGGCCGGAAAUUGGUGAGUUUCCAGCUGCUUGUUUGGAGUGGCUGGACGAGACGUAUGAAGAAUAUGCACCAGCGGUUGGACACCGUUUUCGGCAAAAUAAUAGAUGAACAUGUGAAGCGCAAGGCGAGGCGCGACGCAGAGGAGGAGGAGGAGGAGCAACAAAAGGACUUGGUUGACGUGCUUGUGGGCACGGAAAUCACACUAGAAGAUUAG